AUGGACAUCAAGGCCACCAAUGGCCAUGAUGCCACUUGCGCACAGGAUGCUGAGGCUGUGAGAGCGAUAAAGAAAAAGUGGAAAGAAGCUGGCAAGCUAGCGGCUGAGGAGUUGUUGAGAGGAACCAAAAUGACGCAAGUAGGGAAGGACAUGGCCGCCGUCGGACAGGAUGUUGAGGUCAUGAGAGCGAUGGCGAAACGGUGCAAAGAGGCUUUCAAGCUGGCGCUUGAGAGGUCGUUGAACGCGGCCAAAAUGGUGCGAGAAGAGAUGGAAAAGGCCAGCAAAGCUGACGAGGCGCUCAGGCUGGAUGCUGGGAAAAGCCCACGAGAGACUGAGCUGGCCAGCUCGAAGCCAAGAAGAAUGAUUGCGCCGACGACAGUGGAGGAGGAGAAGGAGGAGGAGUUGUGUAGCGAGGAAGAAGAUCGCAUGAGGCACCACAUACAGACUGCUGGGAAAACUGAGUGGAAUGCAAUGAUGGCGAGGCUCCAGGAGAGAAUGGAAGAAGUGAUCCUCGAACUCGAGGAGGAUAUCAGUGACAAGAGUGGCACAGAAGAAGGUCCAUGGUCGACACAUCCGACAACGCGAUUGAUGAAGAAGAAGAAGAAAAAGACGAGAGAGCCAAGGACGCGAAGAUACUCUGCAGGCAUGGCACUCGAGAUGGGCCGGACUCUACGAAGCGCUCCGACACUGGCGAUCCGGCUGUGGUGCUGA